CAAACUGUUUUUCACAACACUGUGUGGGGACCAAGGAUCAAACAGCAGCGCUCCUACUCCGACUCAUCUAGCUCUUACUUAGGAUAAAGAAUGCCCUUUGUUGCGUUGAUUGGAGCCAACUAGUUGCGUUAAGAAAACAAACAUACAGACUUUGAGAAUUCAUCCGAAUCCGAAAACAAUUUUUUUUCUCGUGCCAAUCGAGGCCCGUUAGCUUCCAAAUCAACCACGGUUUCGCCUGUUUCACUCAGCGGUCGAUCAAACUGCCUCCCGGAGCGGCUUGAAUCAUUUUAUGAACCAAGGAUACCCGACUAAUUUUGAAAUGGGCCCAGAAGUAACGGCGGCGGCGACCUUUGUAUCCCGGCUGCUGAGAACAAGAGGCUUCCUUAGCGAACACCAGCUACAGGUUUUCAGGGAUUGUCUGCAGCAGUCAUUAUCAGAGCACUACCAGCAGCACUGGUUCCCCGACAAGCCCCAGAAGGGCUCUGGCUACCGCUGCAUCAGAAUUAACCACGAAAUGGACCCCAUCAUUGGCCGGGCUGCGGGUCGCAUCGGACUAACGAGCGACGAGCUGUUUUCGCUUUUGCCCCGGGAACUCACCAUGUGGGUCGACCCGUACGAGGUGUCUUACCGCAUCGGCGAGGACGGCUCCACCUGUGUCCUGUACGAAGCCGAAGUCCCCUCUACCCCCAGCCCCGCAGCCUCCGCCGUAAACAAGACUGCCUCGCCGUACGAAUCCCAGCUGACCUGCAAGAAAAGCUUCCUGAUGGGCGGCCGCACCAGCCCUCCGAAAAACUACCUGAUGACCGUGUCGAGCUAGUGGGGAGCGGGCUAGCAACGGGACGGGACAACCACAACAGGCACUGCCAGCUCAUGUGAAGGCCGUUGACCACCAACAGAGUUUUUUUUCAUUUCCCCCCGAUUUUUUUAAAACAUUAAAUUAUCUGCCAUUACUUAAAUUGAUUUGGAAUAUUCAUAAAAAAAGCACUGGGUAAUUUUUAGGCAGGUUUCUUUGGGUUAAGCAGCGACUUUAUGAAUUUGUUGACUACCAGCCCACAGGUUUGCUUUGCACUAGGACUCUUGUUAUGCUUGUCUGUCCUGUGACCAUCUUUGCACACUAAACCACAAGCCUGGGCUGUACUUAAGUUUAGAAAAAACAACUCUGGGAUCCAGUUUUAGUUUUAUAGUGCAAUAGUAUUGACAUUUCACUCAAUCACUUCUCACGAAUGUAAAGGGGGGGGGGGGGUGGGUGGGGUGUGUGGUUCGUUCAGGUACCUACAUUUUAAGGUGAUUUUCUGUGACAAUGAAGCUGUUGUGUAUUUUACUGCACUGCUGGUUUGCAACGGGACCACUCAAAAAUCAAAGACUACAAAUGACAAAAUGUCCGCCAUACCAGUGUAAACUGCCUCCCAUGUUGUACUGCCUUAAAGCGACAACGACGUGUAACCAACCCCCUUUUAUUGUUGGAAUCUACCUGCCAAACUCUUUCUUGUCUUAAUGAUCCUGUUGUGCAAUAGUCAGAGUAUUCAGAGAAACUGAAGUUUGGCUAAAUCUCUCGACAACCAGUGGAACAAAAAGCUCUUGGAUCCUAAUAGAAAGGUGUGUAUUUUUAUAGCUUUACCGUGUCACCAUAACGUGGGGCUUAUACCUCUUGCAAAAGUUUAUUGGAGACCGGUAGCUUAGUGCUGGGUCUCUGGCCAGUGUUCCCCUCCCCCCGUCAGGUCUCCUGCCUCUGAAGAAGCUGUGAGGUGGUCGGUCGGCGUUACGUUGGCGCCCCUGUCACUGCCAGGUUGUGUUGGGUGCCCUGUCCCUGUUGUAGCACCCCCUCUCCCCCCUGGGCUGUUGAGCAGCCCCCCCAUCGUUUACUGUUUUAGACAGGUGUUCAAAAACAUGUAGAGUUUGUAAGCUAUUUCAAGCACAGUAUGCAUUUAAUGUAAAUUUUUUAAAUGGAUUUGUGCAUAUAUAGAUACUUGUACAGUUUUUUUGUCAGUUUAUUACAAUAAACCUUUAUGAAAUGAGAA